AUGACGGACUGCCGCGGGGGCGACAGAUCGGUCGAAGCUGGCGUGGCCGCGGGGAGCGACUGGGCGUGCGGAGAGGCGCGGCGCGGCGGCGGUAAUGGGGCGAGCCCGGGACUUCGUCACAUGGAAAUGUCGAGCCCAAUCUCGGGGAGAGAUACGGUGAAUGGCGUGAAAGAAGUGGAGGUCGGCGUGACCACGGCGAGCGACAGGGCCUGCGGAGAGGCACGGGGCGGUGGCGGCAAUGGGGCGAGCCCGGGACGUCACCACUUGGAAAUGUCGAGCGAAAUCUCGGCGAGAGAUACGGCGAUGAAUGGCGUGAAAGGAGCGGAGGCUGGCGUGACCACAGCGAGCCACUGGACCUGCGGAGAGGCACGGGGCGGUGGUGGCAAUGAGGCGAGCCCGGGCAUGCACCACAAGGAAAUGUCGAGCGAAGUCUGGGGGAGAGACGCGGCGAUGAAUGGCUUGAAAGAGGUCAAAACACAGGCGACGCGCGCGGGAUCUGGGAGAGGCCGGAAGCGGCGGCCGGCCGACGACGCCAGCGCGGCGGGAUUGGCGCAGGGUGCGUCCGGGAGGUUGAAGCGGCGUUGUCCGGCGUCCAAGCCUGUCAACCUUGUGCACCACCUUGACAGCGUCCCUCCACGUGGCAGGCUCCUUGUCGAGGAGCAUUUCAAGGCGUCUGAGUUGGCAUGUGGGCAGGACAGGUACAGGGAAUGGGAUCAACAAGUUUUGAGGCGCCUGAGGGCCAGGGUGGAGAAUGGUGUUGGGGCCGACUGUGGUGCUGCUGCUGUGAAGGCCAGGGAAGACUUUGUGAAGGUGGUGUUGAAGGGUGAGGGAGACAGGGGUACACGCAGGCAGGGGCCGUCAGAAGAGAGAAUGCUCAAGGUGAUCUUGGCGUACAUCGCAGUGCUGAAGCAGGCCUAUCCCGAUCUUGUUGUGGACCCUUACAUCGUCAACACUGACCCCGACAGCUGCGCAGAUUUCCAUGCCCUGAGGAUGGCGUCCAAGCGAUUCAUCAUCUAUAGGCAGCCCAACUCUCCUGCUUCUUCCUUCCCCACUGCCUCACCCCCCGACUCUAUCCCUGGCUCACCCUCCACCUCUGGAACCAGCAGGGCGGUACCCUGGACAUAUGGACUUUCUCGACUGUGGGACACGGUGUGCACAGAGUUUGGUGACACAAAGUACGGUGACCUCAAGCAAGGAACUCAGGGCAUCAUGAGCAAGGCCUGCAAUCUGAUGACAACGAGAUGGGAGUGCGGAGAGGUUCUCAAGCAGCAUGUGCUAGAGACCACAACUUGGUCCACAGCUGUCCUGAAGGGAGUGCUGGGGUCCUGGGGUGGGAGGCUGUACCUCACUGAUGGUGUGCUGCCGCACGAUGAAAAGGGGGCUGCAAAGGAUGCCCCAGGGCUCGUCUGUCACGUGAACGAUGCUGCAAAUGGCAUGCUACCAGAGUUCCUUCGAUCCAAUAGGCCAGACUCCCUGAUGCACUUCAUGAAGGUUGAGAGCAGUGGUACAGCUACAUUCUCCUUCUUUUGCCCUCUGGGUGGUGGCUGCCAGCUCACGGCCUUCCAUCAGGAGACCAAGAGGAUGAGAUCCUUCAAUUGUGGCAGCGGCGAUCUCAUCGUUCAGCCCAUAGCCACAGAGGCCAACAUCAGGCGGCUCGAGCGCGUGCACAGCACCCUGUUCAGGAGCCAUAAACGACACCGCUACCUGCUGCCGCUGGACAUGUACCUUGAAGAGGGCAUCCCCCUGGUCCUUUACAUAAGGAACAGCCAAUCGGCUGAGAUGGUGGAACUCCCCUUUUUGAGUACGCAUGCAUUCCUGACCUUCACCAGCGCAACAUCUCAACCUCCAGCAUACAAGGUUUCUUGCAAUGACCUGUGCCUGACAAAGGAGCCUUUCGUCGCCUAUGCCUUUGAGGAGCUUGCCAUGAUCGAUGGGGAAACCCACAUGAUGGGCGGCAACAACCAGCUGGCUGCAGAUGAAUGGAUGGAGAGUGCCUAUUUUGCGAUGUGGCCCCCUGGUAGAGGUGUGGAGUGCGCUUGGGACGACGAGCUCCUGGGCUCCACGGGCCCUCCAAGCGAGGGCGACCGCCCCCGGGACAGGAACAUGCGGACCGUCGUCGUGCGCACCGUGCAGCGCCUCCUGGAUUUGCUGGAGGGGCGGCUGGACACGUCCCGGGUGGCUGGGAGCGUGCCCUCGACCGACGAGGCCCUCGCGGUGCUGGCCGGCCUGCUGCCAUGCCUGCUGGACGUCUCGCAGGAGCUGGCGAAGGGCGUCGGCGAGGAUGGGGCGCAAUUUGUUAAGGACCUCUGCGAGACGGCCCAGAGGCAUGUGCCCGAGUCUUCUCCCCUCUUGGCUUUCGUCGAGAAGGGUGACGAGCAGUGCUGGGAGGAGAUGUUGGACGACGGGAUGCCGGCCAACGGGUCAGUUGCCCCGCAGGGUCAGCUGGAUGCAUGGCUAGACAGGUACGCCUGCUGCUUGGACGCCGAACUGCGUGCCGCCAGGAGUGGCUGCAAAAAGCGGCUGAGGGAGCGUCUGUUGGAGGUGCGUUCGCGGCUGGAGAAGCGCAUGGACGAGGAAUGUUUGAAUUUGGUCUCUCGCUUGGAGGAGUGUUCGAAACCAGCGUCUCAGCCAGACCUGCUGGCCUCCAACGGAACCUGA